UGAAAAAACUAGUGCGUUUGUGGAUCAAUUAGGAAUCGAAGCAGUAGACAAAUUGAUUAGUAUAAAUAGUGAAUCAAUUAACUUUUAAGCAGCAACACAACGAUGUCGAAUCCAAAAGGGCAAGCCCUCCCCAAACCGCCGGCAACCCGGCGGCGGAUGUCCCGCCACGGCUCGGUGCUCAUCGAAACCGAACCCCGGCAGAUUCCGUGGGACCUGGUGGAUCGGCUGCUGGUGCCGCUGAUUGGUUGCCACGCCGCCGCCAUCGUCGUGUCCGGCGUGUUCAACGUGCUCGGAAUCUGCCAGAUGUCCGCCUUUGCGCUGUUUGUGUUCUUCUCGAUUCUGACGGUCAGCGCGGCCAUCGGGUUCCACAGUCUUAAGGUUUCCGCGCUGGGCAAGGGCGUCCUCAUCACCGGCUGCGAGUCGGCCCUGGCCCGUGCCCUGGCCAAGCGGCUCGACGAUCUCGGCUUCAAGGUGUUUGCCGGGUUCAAGAAGCUGGAGGAUAACGACGAAGCUGGUAUGCUGAAGGCGCUGUGCUCGGGCCGGCUGAAGGUCCUUCAGCUGGACGUGACCUCGGAGGUGCAGAUGCUGGAAGCCUCGCUGUACAUCACCGAAAAUCUGCCUGAGGAAGCCGACGGUCUGUGGGCGGUUGUCCACUGCGACAUGUGGUGUGCCCUUGGCGAGCUGGAGUGGAUUCCGUUCCCGGUGAUGCGAAAAUCCUUCGACAUUAACGUUCUUGGUGCCUCCCGUCUGACCCAGAUCAUGCUGCCGUUGAUCCGCCGUGCCAACGGUCGGGUGGUGUUCCUGUCGUCGGCCAUUGCGCACAUUCCGGCACCGGUUCGGGGCAUUCAGUGUGCUACGCAGGCCGCCGUCGAGGGACUAGCCCAGUGUUUGCGUCACGAGUUGAAGCAGCGCACGGUGGACGUUUCGAUUGUGUGUGCCAGCGAGUUCGCUUCCGGAAGUAUGUGGCUGGACGACAAGGCGAUGCUGGAACAGGCCAAGGUCAUGUGGGACUCGUUGAGCGAUGAGCAAAAGUCGGUGUACGGGGAGGAUUACUUCGAGCAGGCCAUCCGUUCGCUGGAGAAGUACACCAAUACUGACGGCGACUUCCACUCGACCGUGCGCGCCCUCACCGAUGCCAUCAUCCGCUCGUUCCCGCUGUUCCGUUACACGCCGCUGUCCCGUUACGAGAAGCUCCAGACCAUCGUCGCCGAACAUCUGCCCAGACCCGUCUACGAGCUGUUCUACUCCAACUAACUUCAACUUUUCUGAAAAAGUUAGAACCAAUCGAAUGAUUUUGAAAUUUUGUAAUUUUAAAAAGCUACAAAUAACACCAAAUGUAACGAACGUAACGCAGCGUAACGCUCGCUUGACGAAGCUUUCUUUAGCUCUAAUUUAACAACUGUUUAGCUUUCUGUUUAGUUAGUUGCGAAUGAUGCCAGUAGAGUGCGCUUUUUACUCAAAUGGUAGCCCUUAAAUGGUAGAAAAUAGUUUUUCAGGGGGAAAAUAUUUAGUAUUGGAGUUUCCAUAGUAUUACUUUGUGUUGCGUUAGUCCCGCGUUUAUUAACUGUCAAAUCAGUGUUUAGAAUGUGAAGAAAUCUGUAGUAAUUGUAUUAUUUUGAUGUUUAGAAUCAAUCAAAUUAAAUGUAAACAAAUGAAUCGUGCACCCAAAAUUACGACUAGCAGCACCAGUGCUGUCAUCUAUUAAAACCAACGUGCACUUCAAACAAGUAACGUCCAGUAACUCCCGACAUCGAUCCGGUGCGGAGUUCGCACUCUCACAUCAACGCGUCGGUGUAGUUGUAACGCAGUGCAGGUUUGUUGAUACCGCUACGGUGAUGACGGUCAGUGUCAGAGAAGCAUACAGAGGAGAGGAAAUAAAUAACAACAGUUGUCUGACGGGUUCGGUGGUGAAGUACCGCUCUCUCCCCUUGGCCGUGAAAAUAUUUUCGAAAAGUGUGUAAUUUUCAAUAAAGAUCGAAUAAAAUUG